AGAGACAUAAUUGGGGAACGAAUAAGAAGAAGAAGACUCUGUCACACUCUCUCUUACACUCAUCAGUUUCUCAUCUCUCUUUUUCCGCAUUUCGAAGCCAUGGCUAAACUGCUUCUUCUUCUUCUUCUCUUCAUCGUCCACGGCGUCGAAUCAACUCCUCCGCCGCACUCCUGUGACUCUUCGAAUCCAACCACCAAACUCUACCAGUUCUGCCGCACUGACCUCCCAAUUAGCCAACGAGCGCGUGAUCUUGUCUCGAGGCUAAACAUUGACGAGAAGAUCUCGCAGUUGGGGAAUACAGCUCCGGGGAUACCGCGUCUUGGAGUUCCGGCGUACGAAUGGUGGUCGGAAGGUUUACACGGAGUAGCCGGUGUCGGUCUUGGAAUCCGGUUUAACGGAACGGUUAAAGCAGCCACUAGCUUUCCUCAAGUCAUCUUAACCGCUGCUUCAUUCGACUCCUAUGAAUGGUUUCGCAUUGCUCAAGUGAUAGGAAAGGAAGCAAGAGGAGUGUACAACGCAGGGCAAGCGCAAGGGAUGACAUUUUGGGCACCAAACAUUAACAUAUUUAGAGAUCCACGGUGGGGAAGAGGCCAAGAAACUCCCGGCGAGGAUCCGAUGAUGACCGGAACUUACGCGGUGGCUUACGUCAGAGGAUUACAAGGCGACUCUUUCGAUGGUCGGAAAACACUCUCCAAUCAUCUCCAAGCCUCCGCUUGUUGUAAGCAUUUCACGGCGUACGAUCUUGAUCGUUGGAAAGGUAUCACUCGCUACGUCUUUAAUGCUCAGGUGAGCUUGGCUGACUUGGCGGAGACGUACCAACCACCGUUCAAGAAAUGCAUAGAAGAAGGUCGAGCCAGUGGCAUCAUGUGUGCUUAUAACCGAGUCAAUGGCAUUCCCUCUUGCGCUGACCCAAAUCUCUUGACUCGAACCGCUCGUGGUCUCUGGCGUUUCCGCGGAUACAUUACUUCAGAUUGUGACGCAGUCUCAAUCAUCCACGAUGCUCAAGGCUACGCCAAAAACCCUGAAGACGCCGUUGCUGAUGUCCUCAAAGCCGGCAUGGACGUAAACUGUGGAUCAUACUUACAAAAACACACAAAAUCAGCUCUUCAACAGAAGAAAGUGUCUGAAAAAGACAUUGACAGAGCUCUACUCAAUCUUUUCUCUGUUAGAAUUCGUCUCGGUCUCUUUAACGGCGAUCCAAACAAACUACCUUACGGAAACAUUAGUCCUAACGAUGUUUGUUCUCCGGCUCAUCAAGCUUUAGCACUUGAAGCUGCUCGUAACGGUAUAGUUCUCUUGAAGAACAAUCUUAAACUCCUUCCUUUCUCCAAACGCAGCGUUUCGUCUUUAGCUGUAAUCGGUCCAAACGCUCACGUCGCUAAAACGCUUCUUGGAAACUACGCUGGUCCGCCUUGUAAGACUGUGACUCCCCUUGAUGCCUUGCGCGGUUAUGUCAAAAACGCUGUUUACCACCAAGGAUGUGAUUCCGUGGCUUGCUCUAACGCUGCGAUUGAUCAAGCGGUUGCAAUCGCGAGGAAUGCUGACCAUGUGGUUUUGAUCAUGGGACUAGACCAGACUCAAGAGAAAGAAGAUAUGGACCGUGUGGACCUCAGUCUUCCUGGGAAGCAACAAGAUCUCAUAACAAGCGUUGCAAAUGCUGCAAAGAAACCAGUGGUUCUGGUUCUGAUAUGUGGUGGUCCUGUCGAUAUCUCAUUUGCUACGAAUAACGAUAAGAUCGGAAGCAUUAUAUGGGCUGGUUAUCCUGGAGAAGCCGGAGGGAUUGCUCUUGCUGAAAUCAUAUUCGGAGAUCACAAUCCCGGAGGAAGAUUACCAGUGACUUGGUAUCCUCAGAGCUUUGUGAAUGUACAGAUGACAGACAUGAGAAUGCGGUCUGCAACUGGAUAUCCUGGAAGGACUUACAAAUUCUACAAAGGCCCUAAAGUGUUUGAGUUUGGACAUGGUCUUAGCUACUCAACUUACUCAUACCGGUUCAAGACUCUGGCUGAAACAAAUCUCUACUUAAACCAAUCUAAAGUUGAAACCAACUCGGACUCUGUUCGAUACACUCUGGUCUCAGAAAUGGGGAAAGCAGGUUGCGAUGUAGCCAAGACGAAGGUCAUUGUUGCGGUGGAGAAUCAAGGGGAGAUGGCGGGAAAACAUCCGGUGCUGAUGUUUGCGAGGCACGAGAGAGGAGGAGAAGACGGGAAACGCGCAGAGAAACAACUUGUCGGGUUUAAGAGCAUUGUGCUAAGUAAUGGAGAGAAAGCGGAGAUGGAGUUUGAGAUUGGUCUUUGUGAGCAUUUGAGCAGAGCUAAUGAAGUUGGAGUUAUGGUUGUUGAAGAAGGAAAGUAUUUCUUAACCGUUGGAGAUUCAGAGCUCCCUCUUACUGUUAAUGUCUGAAUCUGAAAACAUAAACAAGAAAAAAGACAUUUCCUUUUGAAUUGGCUUUUAUAUAUAAAUAACAUGAAAUGAAUGUGAUUUGUGUAUCUAAUACAUAUUUAAACUGUUC